AUGGCGGCGCCGCGGGCUCUGGUGGCUUUCGGUGCCGCGCUCCUGCUUGCCGCUGGCGUCCAGGCCAGCAAGUACUCCCGGGAAGCCAACGAGGGCUUGGCGGCCGCCGGCGCCAAGCGGCGGGAGGCCGGGGAGUUCCGGGUGGUGAGGCUGAACCAGAUCUGGGAGAAGGCGCAGCGGCUUCAUCUCUCUGCUGUGAAACUGGCAGAGUUGCACAGUGAUCUAAAAAUACAAGAAAAGGAUGAGCUAAGCUGGAAGAAACUGAAGGCUGAAGGGCUAGAUGAAGAUGGAGAGAAAGAAGCCAAACUCAGACGCAACUUAAAUGUCAUUAUGACUAAAUAUGGAAUGAAUGGAAAGAAGGACUCUCAACUACUUGAUACCAACUACAUUAAAGACGGUACAGAAAGUGAUACACUAGAUGAUCCAAGACUGGAAAAAUUAUGGAGUAAGGCCAAGACCUCUGGGAAGUUCUCUGAUGAGGAGUUGGAUAAACUUUGGCGAGAAUUUAAGCAUCACAAAGAAAAGAUUCGUGAAUACAAUAUUCUGCUGGAGACCGUGAGCAGAACAGAAGAUAUCCACAAAAAUGUUAUCAAUCCAUCUGAAGAGAACAUGGUGAAAGAGGAAAUCUUGCACAACAAACACAGAGAACUCAAAGACAAGCUAAGAAGCAUCAAUCAGGGGUUUGAGCGUUUGCGUAAAGUCAGUCACCAGGGAUAUGACACAACCAGUGAAUUUGAAGAACCAAGAGUGAUUGAUUUGUGGGACAUGGCCAAAUCAGCCAAUUUCACUGAGAAGGAACUUGAAUCUUUUCGGGAGGAGCUGAAACACUUUGAAGCAAAAAUUGAAAAACACCAUCACUAUCAGAAACAAUUAGAGAUUUCACACCAGAAACUGAAGCAUGUAGAGGGAACUGGAGAUAAGGAUCAUCUGAACAGAAACAAAGAGAAAUAUGCCAUGCUGGAAGAAAAGACAAAAGAACUAGGAUAUAAGGUAAAGAAGCACUUGCAAGACCUAUCCAGCAGAAUCUCUCAAGGUCUUCAACACAAUGAAUUAUAAAAAUUUGUUCUCCUUCAUGGGAUCAAUCUAUUAACACAAAACAGAUAAUGUGUUUUUUGAACAGGAUUUACCAAGGAGUCCUUCUGAAAUAGUAAGGAUUGAACAGGGUUGUCCUGUAAGAAAAUUUUUUUUGGUCCACUUAAUUGCCCGUUUUGUAUUUGCACUAUCAAAUGAUUAGAUUAUAAAUUUAAGUUGCACCUCUUGGAUCAUGUAAGUCUUGCAUCUGAAUCAAGUAAUAUCCUUUGAAAUAAGCAGUCAUGUCAAAAGGAAAAAUAUGUGAACUCUCAGAGGAUUCCUGCUAGUCAAAAAAAAUAUUAAUCUGAUAGUCAGGAAAGGUAUUCUGACCAAUGAAAGCAAACACUGAGGUACAGGAGGUUAAAACAGAGGCCAGAAAAGUCUUUUAUUUCAAUGCCUGGCCUAAUACAUUUCCUACUGAAAGUAACGAAAAUAUUUCUACUGACUUUGAGCAGUGGCUCAGAGCUGCACUGUAUAUGAAUCUUUCAUGUGAGAGGGGGAGGAAGAGUAAGGAGGGAACAAGCAUUGAGGUCAAUUCACACAAUUUAGUUACAGACUAACACAUCUGAAGUUACUGAGUGUAUGUGUACAAUCAUCUUGUUCAUGGUUGCUUCGUUUUGUUACACUUGGUCAUUAAAAAAGUCAAAACAAGGGACUGGUGAGGCUUUUUUUUUCUUCCCUCUCAUUUAGUGAGAAGUAACCAGACCUGUUUUUUGAGCAUGUUGCUUAUUCCUUUCAACUAAAGUUC